AUGAAGUCGUCUCUCGUCGCGCUUCUCCUACCCGCCGCUGCCACUGCUCGGUUCAUCGAAACCACCGAACUCAACCACAUCCUCCCACCCACAGAUGUGUUGCUGGCAGAACGCCCCGCGGCCCCCUCGGCGGAGCGGCCGCUUUCGAAAGAAUUGCUACAGCGUUUAGGCGAGACCACUCAACUAGACGAGAACGUCGAUCUAGAAGACCUGCUGCUUCAAUAUGAGGCGGAUCGUCGCGUGCGGGCUGAGUCUGGAGAUGAGGCCAAAUAUCUCAUCGAGCUGUCUCCUGGCGAGACGCUGCUAGUGACCGAGGAUGAAAAAUGGGAGCUUCGUCGUAGUGGGAAACAAUUUAUGGACAUCACCGACCACGGCGACCUCGGUACACACAGGAGUAUCGCUGCUAGGACGACCCCCGUCUUUCCUGGCAAGGUGCAGCUUCAAUCCGAAAUCCAUCCCCUGCUAAAGAACUUGUCGAAGGAUUUGAUGCGGGAGCACCUUGAGAAAUUCACGAGCUUCCAUACGCGAUAUUAUAAGUCUGAUUACGGCCGCCAGUCUUCCGAGUGGCUGCUUAAAACCGUCCAAGAGACUAUCGUUGAGGCUGGUGCUGAUAAGUUCGGAGUGAAGGCCGAGCACUUUGAGCAUUCAUGGGGCCAGAACUCAGUCAUCGCAACGAUUCCAGGUAAAUCGAACGCGACGAUUGUCAUCGGUGCGCACCAAGACUCGAUCAACCUCUGGCUCCCGUCGGUCCUUCCGGCGCCCGGUGCCGACGACGACGGAAGCGGCACCGUCACAAUCCUCGAGGCUUUCCGCGUUCUGCUGUCAUCGGAAUCCGUUGUCAACGGCAAUGUCCCGAAUACUAUCGAGUUCCAUUGGUACAGCGCUGAGGAAGGUGGCCUGCUUGGAAGCCAAGCCAUAUUCUCGGACUACGAGAAGAAGGGCCGCGAUGUCAAGGCCAUGCUACAGCAGGACAUGACAGGAUACGUGCAAGGCACGCUCGACGCCGGAAACCCGGAGAGCGUCGGCGUGAUCACCGACUUCGUCGACCCCGCCCUGACGGCUUUCAUCAAGAAGGUCAUCGAAGAAUACUGCGAGAUUCCCUGGGUCGAGACCAAGUGUGGCUAUGCCUGCUCAGAUCACGCGUCGGCUUCCAAGGCCGGCUACCCCUCCGCCUUCGUGAUCGAGUCGACCUUUGACGAGUCGGACCAGCUCAUCCACAGCACCUCAGACCUGAUCAAGUACCUGUCCUUCGACCACAUGCUUCAGCACGCUCGCAUGACUCUGUCGCUGGUCUACGAGCUCGGCUUCGCCGACUUCAAGGAGCUGGAGAGCGAGAACGCAGUCGGAGAGCUGUAG